AUGGGAGGCUAUCCGAGUGCACUUUCCAAUGGGAAAAAGACGAGUGAGAGUGUAUCGAUAGGGACUGGAAUAAGUGUGUAUUUGGAUAAUCAAUCAUCUACAUCAUCUAGUAAUAGACCUAAUUCAUCAACAAACAAUUCAAGAAGUCAAAGUGACCCGAACAUUUCAAGAAAAGGAACGUAUAAAGCUACAGAGUCUAACAGAAGAAGCUUACUCUUGAAAACAUCGGAUGAGGAAUUAGCAAGAAACGAGGAUGAUGAUAUCAAGACGGAUGUUUUCUCAUCAGAACCAGAAAAUCGAUACGCACAAUUUAAGGUUCUCCAAGAAUCACUUCCUAAAACCAACCUUUCACCAAAGACACCACUCAUUGCCCUAGACUCUUCAAACAGUCAAACCUCAUAUCACAAAAGAACUCCAAUGGUUCAAAAGGAAGAAUCCUAUUCUCCAAGUGGUUCAUCGUCUCGAAGCAGAAAAAUCAUCAUUGAGGAAAGACCAUUCUCACCUUCUAAUAACCCAAUUACCAUUUCCUCCCCUAAAAAUCAAGCAGCAAUUCCAGAUCCUCAGGGAUUAACUAUUGGCGUUCCUCUAAAUCAUUCCACUUCUGUGAGAAUUGGAAAGAAGAAAACUCAAAGCUCAGAAAUUGAUGCUAUACUUAACCCUAAUUCUGAAUUCCAAAUGAAGAAAAUUGACCCUUUUGCCAUUCCACAACACAGAAAUCAAAGAUAUGACAACAAGCCAUCCGAAAAGAAUGCUAAAGACUUGAAAAAGAAAACAACAGAUCCGAAUACUAAAAUGGCCAACGAUGUCGAUAACUUCAUUAACCUUAUGCUUAGUAAAGACGCGGAGGAACCAGAACAGAAUAUCAACGAUUUGAGAGAAGUGUCGUUACCAACUAAUCCAGCUCACCUUACUCCUGUGACAUACCAUGGUGGAGCUAAUAGAAGAAGAAAAAGUACAACUACUGAGGAUGUAGACGAUAUUGAAAAACAGUUAGAAGCUCUGAAAAGAUCUAGAUCCACAUUCUCAACCAAUAAGAGGAAAGAUGUUCAACCUGUAAAUAACCCAAUGAUUGUAGUUGUAGGAGGAGAUCACACUCUGACAAAGGACAAAUCUCUGUAUAAUGUUGGAGGAAUAAUUUCUGAAAAGAAGAAGAUGGAAUCAGCAAAAAGAAAAACGAGGAAUAGAAGAAAGUCCUUCACAAUGGACCUCGAUAAUGAAGAUGAAAGUGUUGGUGACGAAAGAGAUGAAUUUAAUUUUGAGCUUGAAACUGAGUGUGCAACAGAGUAUACAGAAAGCGAAUUCGAGAAUUAA